GCCGCACGUGGCAGCUGCCAAUGCAGGCGAGCGGGGACAGUCUGGGCGGCGGCCGGAAAUGGCGCCCGGGCUCUCUAUGGUAGCCGGCGCGGGCGCCGCUCGGCAGUAGCCGGGGCACGGCGCGCGGCGUCCCGGGAGCGGGGCCCGGCCGGCCCAUGAGCGCGCCGCGCCCUGCCCGCCGGGGGCGCUCGCUGGCGGGGGGCGCGGCCCGGCGCCGCAGGAAGCUGCUGCUGCACGUGGACCUGAACAACACGCUGGUGGUGCUGGACUCGGCCACGGGCCAGGGCCCCGGCGCGGCGCUGAACGGCUUCCUGCGCGGCGCGGCCUGGGGCGUGCCCGGCCCGCAGGGUGAGUGGCAGUGGCUGAGUGACUCCCCCUCUUUGCUGCCUCCCUGCCCCGGUGCUGUAAAUUUCUAUUCUCAGUAUGGCCGUGAUGCUACGUUCACUGACACAGCGGUGGGGCGGCAUUUCAAAAGUCUGCACGCACACUACUUGCAACUCCUGGAGUGGCAGGGCCAGCCACACACAGUGUUCUCUGUCAGAGGCGAGCAUGCCAAGCACUACCACUUGAUCCUGCCUUCCUUCUUCCAUCUCCUGGAGACGCUGCACCGGGAGGGGAGGCAUUUCGCUGUCAUCUUCAGGACCUUUGGCACAGACCUCCCCCGCAUUCUCCAUGCAGUGCACUGUGCCUUGGAGGGACAGCACCCCCAGUUCCCUGCCCUUCGAGACCUCUCGCUCCCGGUGGAGCUGACUGCGGGCCGAAUACGCUGCAGUCAGCGCGAGGUGGUGCUGAGCCGGGGUCCCGACCAUGUUUCCACCAGGGACGAUGGGAGGAAGCUGUACAGCUAUUUCAGCUCCCUGCAAGGCUUGGGUGGCUUCCAAGACCACUUUGAUUGGUGGGCCAGAAAUCAGUUUUCCUGCCAGGGUGGGAAGCCCCUUUGGAUUGACCCGCAUGACUCUAGUGUGCACCACAUCUGCAUCGAUGACAACAUUCGACUGAAUGAUUCAGACACCAUCAUUUGUCCCCAGGUGUUUUCAGAGAGAGGAGGCAGCUGCACCAGGCUGGCUCCCACCUCAGAGCUGUAUGAUGUCUGCCUGGUGCAGACCAAUCUCCUGGAGGCCAUUGCUGAUGAGAACUAUUUCCUCCGCUGUGUGAGAAGAUGCGAGGAGAACUAUGAGCGCUACCUGGUCAGUGCUGCAAGCCAGCUGUGUGAGACAGAGUGAAGUCACUCCGGACCCAGCAGCUCGGGGCGAGGAUGUGGAGUCCUUGGCCAGUUCCCCCCUGGGCUGCUCCCAGUUUGCAGCUCUCUGCAGUUUGAUUCCUAGGGUGGGCCUCUGGCCCCAUCCCACCUACAUCCCAGUGGAACUGAUGCACUUUCUUUCAGCUGUCUUCCCCUUCCACCCUUCAGAAACGCAGGUGUCUGCUGGAUGCCCUGCAGGAGGCAGCCACUUCCAGCCGUGCCCGUCACAGCAGCACUUGCUCCACUCUUGGUGGGGUUUGAGGUUUUUGAUCUUGCCUCUCAAGAUGCCUGGCUGGGGCAGUGCUCCUGCGGGUGAUAGGUGUCGUAUCCACCAUGGCUCUGUGUGGAAGCGACCAUCUCUCUGUUCUGUUCGUACAGCGGGGUUGGGCUCUAGCUGUGCCGCAGUACAAAUAGUUGUCAUAAUCCCCUACCGUAUUUUACUUAUUGCGCUACGGUCUCUCGCAUUGUACAGGCUUAUUUUGUUAGAAUACCAGUGUGUGUGUAACAUAACCCCUGGACAGCAGGGCUGUCUUCACUCAGACCUGGCUGCGGGGCAGCUCACAGCAGGCCUACAAGUAACAGGGUAAUGCUCUCCAUCGCUUCUGAAGGGAGACUCCUGCCACUUGGCUCCCCAUUCUCUCCCCCCCACCCCCGGUGCAGAGGGAGCAGCGCCCCUAGCAGGAAUGUUGCUAAUAAGACUUUGAUACGGGGAUGAAGACUGUGACAGGGCACUGGAUGGGCACUCAAUGACCUUCAUUCUAGUCCUGUCUCUGGCCUGCUGGAUGAUCCUGGGCGAGUCACUUUCCUUUCUGCUAUUCCCCAGCUCUAACUGCUACCUAGCUACCUCUGUGCUCCAGCACUUGUGUGGGAACUACGUUCCAAUCUGCUUCGGCACAGAACCGUGCAAAGCACCUCCGGCUGUUCUGGCAAAGACAACACCUCUGAGGAGAUGCAGAGGCCAGAGUAAAACUGUGUGUGUGUGUGUGUGUGUGUGGUGUCCCACUUGGAGCUACAGCAGCUCCUGGGGCUGAAGGGGGAUGUGGUGAGAGAUUCUCUGUUAUGUCCCUGUUAGAAAUGUUAGUCAAGCUCACUCACGCUUAUGAAGUGCUCUUUAGAGUCAUGGGAAAAGUUACACUUGAUCUUAGUCAGAUUAAAAAUCUGGUUACAAAACCCCAUCCAGCUCAGUGCCCAUUAGAGGGUGUUGAUGAAGGGUAUUUUCCAGUGAGUGAGUUCAGGAUGCCUUCUGCGUGUUCACACCUCUGGGCUCAUGAGCUGCAGUGGCCCUGCAAUCCAGAAUCCAUGGUGUCGUGGUGGAGCACUGUUCUGUGGAGUAUAAACACUGCCCAAGGAGCGCUCGGCUUCAGCACGCUGGUGCGGGGCCCCACCUCCUGCAGAAUCAGAUGUUGGAGAAGAUGGAACUCAAGGUGAGUGUCCCAAGCCCCCAUCUGAGCCAUUGGAGCGGGCACAGGAGCGCCCUGAGGAGCAUAUGCUCUAACUUUCUUUGCGCUAAACCACCUUGAACGCUGAGCCAGAAUGUCUUUGGUGUCCAUUGUGUUAAAGUGGAAGCAGGGCAUCCAUGCUCAGCCCCAUGGAGGCGUCGGAUAUAACCCGAUGAAAGGGCAUGCCAGGUUACACUGGUAAGCAGCGUCUCUGGCAGAAGAGUGGUUGCCGUUGUGGAGUGUUGUAUCAGAGAUCCAGAGGCCCCACCUUUGUGCUGGGAUGAAAGUGAACUGAAGCUCCAAAGGCUAGAACAAUAGCCUCACCUUCCUGGGAGCCAAAGUCUAGCUGCGUGCCCAGAUGCCUUGGCAGCUAAUAUAGCUAGGCAAUUGGUGAGAACCUGCAGUGCCAUCACAAGGGCAAAGUGUAGGUUCUGUUGGCAGACACCUCUCCCCACACAAACCUGAGGGGUAGCUAGGCUUGGCAGGACCUGAUUGUAUUGGUAAAUGGCGAUAAACCGAUUCUUAUAGACACAAACUGAUGUGAAAAUCUGUCCAUCUGUCGAUUAUAAUUCGGCGGAGUCAGGACACUGCUGCUUGAGAACUUAGUUUGAUCUAAAGCUGUUUACUUUGUAUUUUGAUGGGCUGUUGACACUGUUGUAAUGGUUAUAAAGCUUUAACUUUAUGAAUCUCAAA